UACUACCUGAAGAAAAUUCUCCUGAAUAGAAGGAUGUUUGCAGGUAUGAAUGUGAUGGAGAACUAUGAAGUUCAAAAGGGAUAUGAGUGGCUAAUGGGAGCUAACACUAAAUUCCAAGCUUAUCAUAUUGUUUGGAACAAGCUGACCAUACCGAAACAUCAAUUCCUGAUUUGGCUUGGAUGGAGAAACAGAAUCAACACCAAAGUUAGAUUGAGUAGGUUCAUGGAAAUAGACACUAACUGUGUGCUGUGCACACUAAUGGUGAAGAAGACAGAAACCAUCUUUUCUAUACAUGUUCUUACACUAUGGACAUUAUGGAUGAGAUUGGACAGUGGUUGCAUUUUAAGUGGAAGACUACAAAUGAUGAUGAAAUGAAAGAAGAUUUCAAACAUAUCAAAGGAAGGAAACAAAGACAGAUAAUAAUGGCUGGAUUCGCUGCCAUUUGCUAUACGCAGUAUGGAAGGCGCGCAACCUCAAAGGAGUGUUUCAGCUGGAGAAAGCAAAGAGUGGAUUAAAUUUCAGUUGAAAACUUUUAUAAACUACAAACUUAGGAGUAUAUAUUUGAGAUAAGUUUUGUUUUUGGCAGCUCUGUAUAAUCUACAUUUCUGUUGAUGUAUUGGGUGACUUUGAUGUGCUGAAUAAAGUAUUUGCGCAUUU